AUGGGCAUUGUUCUCUUUUUGCGACUCUCCUGGGCCACCGGCGAAGCCGGUGCUCUUGUUACCCUGGCCAUUCUGGCCGUCUCUGGCUUUCAGGCCAUCCUGACCGUCCUGAGCCUUAGCGCCCUGGUCACCAACGGUGUCAUGAGCUCGGGUGGUAGCUACUACAUGAUUAGUCGCUGCUUGGGCCCGGAGUUUGGUGGAGCCAUUGGCGUCCUGUUUUACAGCGCCUACGCCAUGGGUGUCUCCUUUUAUUCCAUUGGUUUUGCCACUGCCGUGCAAACCACCUUCAUGCCCGAUGCGGAAAGUCCCGAGUGGACCAUCCGUUGGGUCGGCUCCUGUGGGCUUUUCUUUGUCCUGCUGGUCUCACUCAAGGGCGCCGACUUUUUCGCCAAGUUUAACGUCUUUUUCUUCUUGAUCCAAUUCCUGGCCAUUUUGGUUGGCCUCGUCUCUUUCUGGAUCCCGCAUACCUUCACGAGCCAGAUCACCAAUAGCAACAACGGCACCACCUUUGAGGCCCGCGCCAAGUUUCCUGAUCACCUGUCCUCAAACCUCAUGCCUGACUACACCUUUCACACCAUCUUUGCCCUUCUCUUCCCCAUGGUGACGGGUAUCAUGGAAGGCGCCAACCUCUCGGGUGAUCUCAAGGACCCCGCUCACAGCAUUCCCCUGGGCACGCUUUCUGCUUUGGCCACUGCUCUCGUGUUUUAUACGGGCCUGAUCCUCUCCUUUGCUGGCAGCUUCACCCGCCACACGCUGCAUGUUGAUCAAAACGUCUUUCAAAACGCCACCAUGCCCUCUCGCUAUGUGGUUGUGGUGGGCAUCUUGAUUUCUGCCAUCAGCUCCGCCCUGGGUUCGCUCUUCGGCGGCAGCCGUGUGCUGCAGGCCAUGGCUCGAGAUGACCUCUUCUCCAUUAUGAAGCCCUUUAAGUAUGGCACGCCCCACGGUGAUGAGCCGCGCGUGGCUGUCCUGUUCACGUGGUUUGUGGCCCAAUGCUGCGUGAUGAUCGGUGACCUCGACGUGGUGGCCCCCAUCGAGACCUCGUUUUUCUGCCUUUCCUACGCGGUUGUCAACUUGGCCUGCUUCUUUCUCUCAGCCAUGGAGGCCCCUAACUUCCGACCUCGCUUCAAAUAUUACUCGUGGCAGACAGCUCUGCUGGGCGCCCUUGCAAAUUUGGCCGUCAUGGUGUACCUGCAAUGGAUCUAUGCCCUUAUCACACUUGGUGUCAUGGCUGCCAUUUAUGUGUAUUUGACCCAGUAUGGUCCCGUUACCGAAUGGGGUGACAUCAGCAACGAACUCAUCUUCCAUCAGGUCCGCAAGUAUCUCUUGCGCAUGGAGGCCACCAAGGCUGCCCCCUCCAAGUUCUGGAAGCCCAACCUUUUGAUUCUUGUCGACAACUGUGACACGGGCCUGCUGGCCUUUUGCAACAGCGUCAAGAAAGGUGGCUUGAUGGUCCUGGCUCAAGUUAUUGUGGGCUCUUUUGACGUGUACCACCGCGUGGCCGACACUCUUCGCCUCUACUGGGGCGAAUUCGUGCGUGAUGCAAAACUCAAGGCCUUUGUUCACACUACUUGCGCCGAGGAUGCGCGCGCUGCGUACCGCGUUCUUAUCUCCGCCUCUGGUCUGGGUGGCCUGUCGAUCAACACUGUGGUCAUGCCCUUUUAUGAGAUUUCCGGCUUGACAACCAACCGCACGGAGGCUGAGCUUCAGCGC